CUUGCUCUGCCAGUCCGGCCCUAGGUUCUCUUGAAUUCCUGCGGUCCCGGCAGCGCUCCGGACGCUGCUGGCGUGUUCUCCACCGUCGCUCGACUUCCACCUCUAAGACUCGCACGAAACUCAGGUUGAAUAACUCAUCGGAUUACACAACUGAACUCAAGACAUGGCUGCCCAGUGUGUCACAAAGGUGUCGCUGAAUGUUUCCUGUGCCAAUCUUUUGGAUAAAGAUAUAGGGUCAAAGUCAGACCCUUUAUGUGUGUUAUUUUUGAAUACAAGUGGUCAACAGUGGUAUGAGGUUGAGCGCACAGAAAGGAUUAAGAAUUGCUUGAAUCCCCAAUUUUCCAAGACAUUUAUUAUUGAUUACUACUUUGAAGUGGUUCAGAAAUUGAAAUUUGGGGUUUAUGACAUCGACAACAAAACUAUUGAGCUGAGUGAUGAUGACUUCUUAGGGGAAUGUGAAUGUACCCUUGGACAAAUUGUUUCCAGUAAGAAGCUAACUCGACCACUGGUGCUGAAAAAUGGCAGACCUGCAGGGAAAGGGAGCAUUACGAUUUCAGCUGAAGAAAUAAAAGAUAAUAGAGUGGUCUUGUUUGAAAUGGAAGCCAGAAAACUGGAUAAUAAGGAUCUAUUUGGAAAGUCAGACCCAUACCUGGAAUUCCACAAGCAGACAUCUGAUGGAAACUGGCUAAUGGUUCAUCGGACAGAGGUUGUUAAAAACAACUUGAAUCCUGUUUGGAGGCCUUUUAAGAUCUCUCUGAACUCCUUGUGUUACGGAGAUAUGGACAAAACUAUUAAGGUGGCGUGUUAUGAUUAUGACAAUGAUGGGUCACAUGAUCUCAUUGGAACCUUUCAAACCACCAUGACAAAACUGAAAGAAGCCUCCAGAAGCUCACCUGUUGAAUUUGAAUGCAUAAAUGAGAAAAAAAGGCAAAAGAAAAAAAGCUACAAGAAUUCAGGUGUUAUCAGUGUCAAACAGUGUGAGAUUACAGUGGAAUGCACAUUCCUUGACUAUAUAAUGGGAGGAUGUCAGCUGAAUUUUACCGUGGGAGUGGACUUCACUGGCUCCAAUGGUGACCCAAGGUCUCCAGACUCCCUUCAUUACAUCAGCCCCAAUGGCGUUAAUGAGUAUUUGACUGCUCUCUGGUCUGUGGGACUGGUCAUUCAAGAUUAUGAUGCUGAUAAGAUGUUUCCAGCUUUUGGUUUUGGAGCUCAGAUACCUCCUCAGUGGCAGGUAUCGCAUGAAUUUCCAAUGAACUUCAACUCAUCCAAUCCCUACUGCAAUGGAAUCCAAGGCAUUGUAGAGGCAUAUCGGUCUUGUCUUCCUCAGAUAAAACUCUAUGGACCAACUAAUUUUUCUCCAAUCAUCAAUCAUGUGGCCAGGUUUGCUGCUGCAGCCACACAACAGCAGACAGCUUCUCAAUAUUUUGUGCUUUUGAUUAUUACUGAUGGUGUGAUCACAGACCUUGAUGAAACCAGACAAGCCAUAGUUAAUGCCUCCAGGCUGCCUAUGUCCAUCAUCAUUGUUGGAGUUGGAGGUGCUGACUUUAGCGCCAUGGAGUUUCUGGAUGGUGAUGGUGGAAGUCUCCGCUCCCCAUCAGGCGAAGUGGCCAUCAGAGAUAUUGUCCAGUUUGUGCCUUUCAGACAGUUCCAGAAUGCUCCAAAAGAAGCACUUGCUCAGUGUGUCUUGGCAGAGAUUCCCCAGCAGGUGGUGGGCUACUUCAAUACAUACAAACUCCUUCCUCCCAAGAACCCAGCCACGAAACAACAGAAGCAGUGACCACUUCAACAGAAUUCUUUUGUGUUAUGUGGAGCAAUGCCAUCUCUCACCCUAAAUCAUGUAUCUGUCAUUCUGUGUACUUUUUGCCUCCAGCAUUUAUGAUGUAAAUCUCUUUCUCUAUGGAUUAUAUCUGUUUAAAGCAUUCUUUCUAGGCUCUUUUAGGGGGACAGUGCCAAGUCCAUCUCUGCCCAAUCAAUUCAGUGAUUGAUAGUGAUUUACAUUAAUUGCAGUAAAGCUCUUUGAAUUAGAAAUUAGUGUGAGGAAAGCUUAUUUUGUUGUUGUUUUUGUUUACUUUCAUAUGAUGAAAAUGCUGUUUUUAAAUGUUUCUCAAUAGGAAGAAUGGAAAACUUGGGAUGAUGUGGUUUGCAGGUUGCUGUGCCUGAUUCACAGUAUAUGUUUUAUAAGCCAAUGUCCAUACCUGGUUAUGAGAGCUCCUUAAAUUAUAUGAUAUCAAAUUUGUUCCUCACUCUGUAUACAGUGCUUUUCUGCAAGGUAAAAAUUACCUUCCUGUGCAUCUGAUUUUUGCUGCAGUUUAGACACUAUGGUUUACAAAACAGCAUGCACUCAACUUGGGACUUUAUGAAAAGUACUGAAUGAGCAGGAAAAGCCACAUACUCAGUUUUUUAAAUGUACAAUCAACAAGUAAAAAUAACCUCAUGUAAGUAAACUAUUUGUAUUUGCCUUUCUAGAUAUUUUAUUUUAUUGUGGAAAACUGUAAACAUGUUCAGAUUUGGCUUUUUUUUUUUUUUUCAUUAACUGAGCAUGACUUUCAGGAUAUUGUAGAUGCACAGAUGGUAGGUUGUCCUGAAUUCUACAUUAUUAGAUUACUUUAAUUGAGAUUUGUUAAAACAGUUAGGACUGUUUUAUCCAGGAAAGAUAAGAGGACCAAACAUAUAAGGUGAAAUUCAGAAUUCCAUUUCCUUCUAACUAAUGAAAAACUACUUACUAAAAAAAAUAUUUUAUACUUUCCUUGCUAAGGUCCCACACGUUGAUUUGUGUAGAUCCACUUAGUCAUUUUUUCCUUUUUUUAAGUGCCAUUUUCGUCUGAUUUUUAAACUCAUGAUACCAGUUAUCUGUUAAUUAAAAUUGCAUUUUACAAUUUAAUAAUGUGCUAUUUCCUAUGUCUAGAACAGACUUUAUUAGGUAUAAAACCUACUGCAACUUAGAAAAAGGAAAGAAAAAAGAAAACUUUUCCAACUGCUGCUUUAAGAUAGGGUGGAUUUUAUGUGCUUUUUUUCUUUUUUGAAGAGUUGAAUUUCUUUUCCUGAUUUUACCUUUUACAGCGUAUUACUUAGUGAACAUUACAUUUUUGGAAUAGAUUCAGUAAUAUUUUAUUGAGGGCCUAUGUGCUAAAAACUAUGCAUAUCUAUACAUUGGCCAAUUAUCUUUAAUAAUUUACCUUUUGAAAUUGCAUGUUUAUCAUAUAUCCUUAAGUGGACGCAUACAGUGCCACGUUGAUGUGCCUCUCAGUUUUACUGAAAAGCUGCCCCACAGCCCAUGUCUCUUGUUCUCUACAAUGCCUCAAGGGAGUGAGCUCUCAAUCACAGACAGCUGUGGCUUCUCAGAAGCAGCUCAUUGCCAAGGCCAGGCUGAGAGGGGACCUGCUUGCUGUGAUGGUUGCCUAGCCCAGGUGAGCAUUUACCUACCACCUUCCCACUUGACUAGCUGUCCUUUGGAUAUGUGCUGUUAACUGGGGAAGGCGCCUAACUAGUAGCCUGCUACUCCAUAGUAUGGCUCAAUAGAUGACAUAUCAUUUUGACAUUAUCAAUAGGAGAAAAGAAAACUAACCCUUCUUCUGAUUGUUUGGAGCCAUAGUUGUCUCAGAUGUUCUAAUUCUCUUUGUAUGCUUGGAAACAGCAUAGAUAUGUUGCUGUGGUUUUCAGAAUUUUCUCUUUUAAUCACAAGAAACCUUUUAAAAAAAAUGACUUACACAUAUUCUCAAUGUACAGUAAAACACAGAAGUGAGCUUAUCUGUUUGAUGCUGAGGCAGGGUCCCAGUCACUGGCCGUAUUCUCCUUCUCCUUAACCAACUCCUCAGCAGCCCCUGAGACACCUGCACAAGGUACUUCGGAACUGCUGGUCAUGAGCAUUCCUGGUUUUCUUCAUCCAAAUAACAGUUAAUCACUGUCCAUUGGAUUUGGUCUUCAUUAUUUUAUAUUCUGAUUUUAUCAAAAUUAUUCUAUUUUAAAAUUGUUUUAAAAUUUAAAAACAUUUAAUUCAUAUCAUGUUCAUCAGUAGAUGCUAUUAUUCAUAAGAACUGUGAUUCCAGCAAACUAGGGUAAUUGGUACCUUUUUACAAUUUCGAAUAAAAGCGUUUACAAUUUCUAAAUUAUCAGUUUUCACAGUUUCAGCACUCAACCUCAUCACAUGCUGAUUUAAUAUUGUUUUAUAUUAAAAUAAUCCUUUUCUCUGUUGUGCCACCAUUCAUUCAAGUGCUAUUUGUUCUUAAAAUGCAUUUAAAGAAAAAUUACACGUAUUGACUUUCACACUUCAUAUAAUUAGAUCUAUUACUAAUAUAUAUCGGAGUGACAGUGUCUAGGAUAGAUGUAAUAUUUCUUACAGAUGCUGGCACAGAGGAAAUAGUAUACCAGCUAAUCUAGUCACCUAACCUUGUGGUUAAAAUUGACAUUUUAAGACCAGAAAAAUUUGAAGUCUGAUCAGGGAUUUACAACUGUUCAUUAUAGUGGUGCCUUAGGCAAUCUUUCCAAAGUAAAUUCAGGGCCCCAUUGCUACUUAUGCUGUAUUUUGACAUGCCUUUUUUUUUUUCCAAUUUUAUAAACUUCCUGGAAAGCCGUCUUCACUAAGUAUCCCCUAGUCUCUAUAUGUGUGGUUGGUCGUCAUGGAAAUGACACAUAAAGUAUGCCAGAAGUUUGGUGGAACGUGUUAGAAACUGUUUUGUGCUUUUAUGAAUGUCAUACUUGACAAUACAUGUAUAAGUUACUAAUAUAUGAAUUGAUGCUAAAUAUAUCUUACAUUCGAAUUCCUUUUGGAUAAAGUUAUUUCUUGAUGUGACACAGUAGUGUCUUGUUUUCAUUUUUAUUCUUUACAUGUGACCAAAACAAUAGAAAAGUUAAAAAUAAAAUAUAGUGUUUUAGGUGG